AUGGGAAAACACUCCCGUUUCCGUUUCCGAUGUCCAGGUGUCUGCCGUGCAGUGGCUGAGAGUUCUGGGGCACAGGGCUCUGCGGUUAAAGACUCCGGAGCCCACGUUCCUCUGAGGGGGAUCCGAGGAGGUUCUGUCCUGUUUGAUGUGACCCAGAAGACAGGAGCAGUUCUGGAAGCUGAGCUGGAUGAGCUCUACUGGAGCUUUACCCCGGAGUCAGACUACAGAGUCAUGUUUCGAAUCCAGAGAGGCGUCCAUUCUCCAACCUGGUUCAGCCUCCAGGACAAACUCAAGCAGAGGGUCCAGGUGCCCAACUUGGCCUCCAUGAAGAUUUCGAACCUGAUCCUUGAGGACAGUGGGCAUUACCGAGCUCAAGCCAGGUUAACGGAAGGAAGAGAAGUUUUGCAGUUUUUCCACCUUACUGUCUAUGACCCCGUGCCCCAUCCGUACAUCCUGGCUCAGUCACCAUCCAUCGCAGCAGGCUGGUGCAACGUCACCCUGGAGUGCAGGGCCCCAGGGGCCACAAGGGACCUGAAUGUGACCUGGGAGAGCAGGGGCCUCCCCCUGGAGCCAGUGCAGAGAGGGACACCAGGACCAGCCCUUGACUCCUGGACCCUGGCUGCAAGCCUACCCCUGAGUCAGCCCAAUGCCAGCUUCACCUGUGUGGUCAGCAAUCCCAUGGACCAGAAAUCUGUCACCAGAGAUGUUGGGGACAUCUGUGCCCAAGGCGACUGGAAGGAAGAAGUGGUUAAUUACCAGGCUUUAUGGCACCUUUUCUUUCAAGGGCUUGUGUGUGACACGUGUCUUUCAGAAAUUAGACGCCGCGGUUCCAAAGAUCCCCUGGUGAAGGCUCUUCAGCUGCUGGACAGCCCCUGCGAGCCGGGAGAGAACGGCCUGAAGUCAGAGGGGCAGUCGUCCUCGGCCAAAAGACGCAGUUCCAAGGACCUCCUGGGGAAGCCGCAGCUGUACGACACUCCCUACGAGCCUGCAGACGCGGGCCCCAGGGCCGAGGGGAAGGCGCGGCCCCCGGACAGCCGGCUGCCCGAGAACGACGAGAGGCCGGCGGCGGAGUACGAGCAGCCCUGGGAGUGGAAGAAGGAGCAGAUCGUGCGGGCGCUGUCAGUCCAGUUUGAAGGAUCUGAGCGACCUGCCAGGGAGGAGACGGUGAGGCAGCACCACCGGCAGAAGAGCUGGACUCAGAAGAUCCUGAAGCCAGCCCUCUCGGACCACAGUGACGGGGAGAAAGUGGACCCAGGCCUGCCCCUGGAGAAGCAGCCCUGGUAUCAUGGUGCCAUUACCCGUGCUGAGGCUGAGAGUCGACUACAGCCCUGCAAAGAAGCUGGUUAUCUGGUUCGAAAUAGCGAAUCAGGAAACAGUAGGUACUCCAUUGCACUAAAGACUAGUCAAGGAUGUGUCCACAUCAUAGUGGCUCAGACCAAAGACAACAAAUACACACUGAAUCAGACAAGCGCUGUGUUUGACAGCAUCCCAGAAGUGGUACACUACUAUUCCAAUGAAAAGUUGCCUUUCAAAGGGGCAGAACACAUGACCUUACUCUACCCCGUGCAUAACAAGCUUCACUAAGGUUCAGCCAUUGAAAGCCCUGGGCCUCUGGCACCUACGAGACAUCAGCACCCAACCAGCAUCUCAGCGGACAUGGCCGGACUGCUCCUUAGUAACUAGCAGAAAGUGGAAGUCUUCGUUUCAAAAGUCCAAGAGUCUUUGAUCUUGAAUUUAUUCCAUGACACUUGGUUUCUGAUCUAUCCCUUGUGUCCUUGUCAAGUAGUUCUACAGUAAGAAAUUGUAAUUUGCCUGUUGUCUCCACCUCUGGAGUAGGAUGUUCUAUUUAGGGGACGACUCUCAGGAAAGGUAAGUCAAAAGUUCAGGAGCAUUAAAGUGUUCCAGAAACAUGUUUGUUGGUACCUGGAAUACCUGGUCUCUAAACAAACCAGUGAAAAAAACCACUUUGCUUUUAUGUGUGAUUGUGUGGAUCAGAAGAGUGUAUAAUGUCAGGCUCUUUAUUUGGAGGAAAUAGAUGAAUAGUGGAAAAUAUGAAUGAUGGGCAAGAAAAUUGUCUUUCUCCCUUGAGUGUCCUAAGUCAUCUCUGGAGUUCAUGAAAAUUCACAACUUUAGAGUCUGCUGUAAGAAUUAUUUUGUUGGUCAGCCUUCCUAAAAAAGUUGAUGUUUUCUCAAUCUCUAUGGACUUUUUCAUCAUUUUUCAACAAAUCAGUGAUAUAAGCAUAAAUAGGAAGGAAGAUGCCCCAGAUUUAAGAAUCACCGAUGUAAUUAAGCAUUGGCAUCAUUAUUAUAAUUCUGAGUUAUAGAAUGAAAUAAUACAGCCAAUAUUUCAUUUCUAAUUUUUUAAAUUCUAAAAAUUUACAAAGCUCAACAACUGUUUUCUUAUUGGAUAAUUAUAUAGAACUUCUGAUAUCUUUUGUUUCAUCUUUGUGCAUUUUAGUUGGUAUGGAAUCAUUUUUAAUUUUUGUCUCUAAAGUUAGGUUUGCUUUAUAUUUUUAGUAAGUUUUAAAAAGAAACACACACACACACAUACACACACACAAGUUUGGGAUCUAGUUGUAUGAACUGAGUCUCUAAUGCCUGCAAAGAUGCUCUCAUUCUGUGCUGAGCAGACUGGCUUACACUGUACAAAAGAUUUUGAGGUUUUCUCUAACUGCUAUUACUUAAGAUAUUAAAUUAAUAUUCAUAGUAUUAUCUUUAUGGUUUAUCAUGAAUUUAUAUCACCUAUUUACUUACUGUGAAAAAAAUAGGAAUGGCAUACUGUGAGAAGAAUACUAUGGUGAGUGGCUCUAUAAUUAAAACUGAACAGAUGUUUCUGUAUUCUGGGGUUUGUAAUUUGGUUCUCAGAACUGGUCCAGAUGCAAAUGUGCUGUUAUCAAUGAAAAGUUAACUUUUGUAACUUCUCUUAAAUACAUAAAAAAAAUGUUGAUUUGGUUCAUUUUUAGGAAAGCAUAUCUUUCUAAUUAUUAGUUAUCAUUUGACUACUAUAAUUUAGAAGUUAGUGAAUUUUUGCUGCUUUAUUCAGUUAAGAUAUCAGCCAAAGGGUUUUGUGAUCUUUGAUUUUAAAAAUUUAAGGCCAGGCACGGUGGCUCACACCUGUAAUCCUAGCACUCUAGGAGGCCAAGGC